GGAUAUGUGGAAUACUGCUGACACCUCAAACGGAACAAGGGUUUUCUGAAAAACAUUCCCAGUUUGAAGUGGAAGUUACUUUGACGGAGUUUUCUAGAGAAAGGAGUGGCAUCAUCUCCUGUCUGCCUGCUGGGUUUUCAGCUUCACACAGAAGAGAAUGUCUUGUCGGCUGGAGGAGGAUUUCUGCUGCCCUGCUUGCCACGACAUUUUUAAAGAGCCUGUCCUCCUGUCAUGUAGUCACAGCUUCUGUAGGGCCUGUCUGCAGAGCUGGUGGACGGAGAAACAGUUCCAAGAGUGUCCAGUUUGUCGGACGGUAUCUCAGUGCAGUGAUCCACCUCGUAACUUGGCGUUAAAGAACCUGUGUGAGGCCUUUUUACGAGAGCGAGGUCAGGAAGCAGCUGUGACACUCUGCCGUCUGCACUCUGAAAAGCUCAAACUCUUCUGCCUGGACCAUCAGCAGCCGGUGUGCAUCGUCUGUCGGGACGCAAAAAUACACAGCGACCACAGGUUCAGACCCAUCGAUGAAGCUGCACAGGAUCACAGAGAGGAGCUCCAGAAAUCCCUGAAGCCCUUACAGGACAAGUUAAAGGUUUUUAAUGAAGUUAGAGUGAACUUUUAUCAAACAGCACAGCACAUGAAGGUCCAGGCCCGACGCACAGAGAGGAGGAUUAAGGAGCAGUUUAAGAAGCUUCAUCAGUUUCUAGAAGAGGAAGAGGAGGCCAGGAUGGCUGCACUGAGGGAGGAAGAGGAGCAGAAGAGUCAGGUGAUGAAGGAGAAGAUGGAGGUUCUGAACAGAAAGACAGCCGCUCUUUCAGACACAGUCAGAGCCACAGAGGACGAGCUGAGAGCUGAAGACGUCUCAUUCCUGCUCAACUACAAGGCUGCAGUGGACAGAGUCCAGCAGCGCCCCCUGCUGGAUGAUCCUCAGCUGCUCUCAGGAGCUCUGAUAGACGAGGCCAAACACCUGGGCAACCUGACCUUCAACAUCUGGAACAAGAUGAAGGACAUGGUCUCCUACACACCUGUAGUUCUGGACCCAAACACUGCUCAUCCAGAACUUGUCCUGUCUGAGGAUCUGACCAGUGUGAGACAUGGAAAGUUACAGCAGCUUCCUGAAAACCUAGAGAGGUUUGCGUACUGGGAUUCUGUCCUGGGCUCCAAGGGCUUUAACUCAGGGACUCACAGCUGGGACGUCGAGGUCGGAGGCAACAAAGACUGGGAGCUGGGGGUGUUGGCAGAGUCUGUGUGUAGGACAGAAUUCACGGGGUCUACAGUCUGGAGUGUAGACUUCAAUGAUGCUGGCUACAGAGCGUAUUCGCCAACACAGAAAUACACUCCUCUCCCAUUCAGAGAGAAGCUCCAGAGGAUCAGGGUCCAUCUGGACUGGGACGGAGGAACGCUGUCAUUCUCUGACCCUAAUACUAACACACACAUACACACCUUCACACACACUUUCACUGAGAAACUGUGCCCGUACCUUUCCACCAGGAAGGCACUUCCUCUGAAGAUACUGCCUGCAAAGAUUUCUGUAAGAGUGGAAGGUUAGAGAUGAGUUAGGUCAGGGUCUGCAAUGUUUUUCAAGCCAAGGUACCCUUAGCUCAAAGACACACGGAGCACGGACCCCCUGCCACAGACUGUACUGUAUAAAACUAAGCUGCACUUGACAUAAUUCUCUGAAUGUCCUUGCGUCUUCUCUUGUUUGUUCCUGCCUGUAGCUGUGAGUGUGCAGUAGUUUCUAUCAUGGCUAGGUGCAU